CCCACAGACCCCGCCGGUUCCCUGCGCCCUCCCGAAGGAUGUCGCUCCGCGCUCUGCUGAGGGCCGUGGCGUCGCUGCGCGGCUGCGCCGCUCCCGGGGGCCUGCAACCCGCCGCCGGUAUGGCCACGCUGAACCAGAUGCACCGGCAAGGCCGGCCCAGGCCGCCUCCUCCGAAGCUGGGCGCCACGUUCGGGCGGCCGCAGAUCAAGGGGGUGGUGAUUAAAAACCUGAUCCGAAAGCCCAAAAAACCCAACUCGGCGAACCGCAAAUGCGUCCGGGUGCGGCUGAGCAACGGCAAGGAGGCGGUGUGCUUCGUUCCCGGCGAGGGCCACAACCUGCAGGAGCACCACGUCGUGCUGGUGCAGGGCGGCCGCACGCAGGACCUGCCCGGCGUGAAGCUCACCGUCGUGCGGGGCAAGUACGACUGUGCCCAUGUCCAGAAGAAGAAGUGAGAAGGGAAGGAAGGGGAUGGGGAUGGAGCCUGCUGUGCCCCCAGGGGAUGGAGGGAG